AUGCAGCUCAACACGUCGGAUAGCUCCAAUAGCUCUGGGUUUAUUGAGCCUGAUGUUUCCGACAAUGAUUCAGCAUAUUUCGGCUCGGAAAAGAGCUAUACCCAGAGCAUGACGUCGAGUGCUUUAAAUUACCAAUAUGAGAACGGUCGCAGAUAUCAUUCCUACCACGAAGGGGAAUAUGUUCUUCCGAAUGAUGAGCAAGAGCAGGACCGCCUGGACCUGAGUCAUCAUAUUUAUUUAAUGCUCCUGAAAGGAGAAUUGCACAGAGCUCCAGUCAAAGACCCUCAAAGGGUGCUUGACAUUGGAACAGGCACGGGGAUCUGGGCAAUUGACUUUGCAGAUGAAAACCCCGGUGCUGACGUUAUUGGAAUUGACCUCAGUCCCAUCCAACCGUCAUGGGUACCAUCAAAUUGUCGCUUUCAAGUUGACGACUUUGAAGAACCAUGGUCUUACAGCCACCCAUUCGACUACAUUCAUGGACGCGAGCUCGAAGGGGCCAUUCGCGAUCACGACAAACUAUUCCAACGAGCAUUCAACAAUUUAACACCAAAUGGCUGGUUCGAAAUGGCAUCAAUGGAAGUUAAUACACAUUCAGAUGACGGCACCCACUUAAACGCAAGAUGUUUAGUGGAGAGUGUGAAAAAUCUUCAAACCUCAUCAAUAGGUUUCGGGAAGGACAUGAACUCGGUGGGCACAUGGAAGAGGCGAUUUGAAGAGACGGGCUUCAUCAACGUCCACGAAGACGUAUACAAGCUCCCCCAGAGCCCUUGGCCUAAAGACCCUAAAUUGAAGGAACUCGGACGAUAUCACCAACUCAACAUGCUUGAAGCCAUGCCACCAUACACAUUCGCGCUUUUCACUCGCGUGCUGGGGUGGACUCGUGCGGAGAUCGAAGCUAUAUUGGCGGGUGUGCGGUAUGAAUUGAAAGAUCUUUCGAAUCACCUGUACACGAGGGUACAUAUAGUAUACGGACAAAGACCACCAUGA